UGCAAGCGCUUGUGGCUCUGGGGAUUCUUUGGGGGAGCGACGCUGCAAACGUGUUCUGUGAUGAGUGGAAGAGCGUGGACUAUCAUGGCGGCAUAGAUGGUUAUUGGGAAGUGGCGUGUGACCCACACGGCAUGGUCACCGACCUGUCAAUGUACAUCCCCUAUCAAGGAUUUGGAGUCGUGCCGGAAGCCAUCACAGCCCUCUCUGCUCUCCAAACUCUGGGGCUGUCUAUGCCUGGCUACAAUGGGAGCGCAGAGAUUCUCGGCCAUUUCCCCAACCUGCAAUAUGUAGAUCUGAGCUAUACCACCUUCAGUGGAUCCAUCCCUGAAUCCAUCGGCAAUGCCAAGAGUCUGCAGUACAUGGGGCUUGGAGGCAACAACGUGAGUGGCCCCAUACCUGCUAGCCUUGGCAGCCUUGUCAAUCUGACGUCCCUUGAUGUGAGCAGCAACCACCUCAACGGCUCCCUCCCUGACUCCAUCACCCGCCUUGCAUUGCUGCAGCACCU